AUGAUGAUGGCGCAACAGUUUCCAGUUCAUCAAGGCAUACCACAGCACCCGAGUCUGCCUCCAGGUCACCCAAUGGCCCCCGGCCAGCACCCAAACGUCCACCCCGGGGCCGGGAUGGUUCAGCAGGUGCACCCAGGAGUGUCGGCACCCGGAGGACCUCAGGUCAGUCAGGGCGGUCCGAUCAUGGGUGGCAUGCCUCCGGGGGCAGGAACGACCGGCCCUGGUCCUGCCCAGGCCCAUGCCCUCUCCCACCUGGGUCCCACCCAGGCACACAUGUUCCAGCAGCCGCAUUUUGCACAGAACUUUGCGAAUAACCCCCAACUUAUGCAACAGCACCACAACCAACUUCUGAGGCAGCGUGCGAUGCUUCAUCAGCAGCAUCAACAGCAGCAGCAUCAACAACAGCAUGGAGGGCUCCCGGUCCAGAUGGCUAGUGGCGCGCCUGGCUUGAGUGCAGCCCAGCUCGCGGCGAUGCAAGCGAACUCUGGAAUGCGCCAGGUUAACCUGCAAAUGCUACAACAACAACAACUGCCUAAUGGGCAGCCGCAGAGCAUUCAACAACAACAACAGCAUCUCUUCAUCAUGCAACAAGCUCAACAGCAAGCCCAACAGGCGCAUCAGGCCCAGCAGCAAGCCCAGCAGCAGGCCCAGCAGCAGGCCCAGCAGCAGGCCAACGCAGCAGGACAACCCGGUCAGCACACGCCGCAGCAGCGUGCAGCCACGCAACCCCAGAGCGUGCACGAUCAGAGUGUCACCCCGCAGCCUCAACCAGGACCGCCACCACACCAGGGAAGCGCCACGCCGCAGCCGAAUCCCCAACAGGUGCCCACGAGCCAGCCCCCGCAGCAACAACCCACAGCUCCUCAGCCGCAACCCACCCCCAACCCUCCCCCGCAACAGCUGCCGCAGGCUCAGCAGGCCGUCCAGCAGCAGCAAGCGCCCCAGAUGCCGCAGUCACAACCUCAAACACAACAGGGCCAACACGUCCAGCAGCAGGGCCAACAACAGCCACCCAUGACCGCGCAGGAGGCCCAGCUCAAAGCUCAGCAACAGCAAAACCCGGGUGCUAUGAUGAUGCAACAACAGCAGCAGCAGCAGCAGCAACGGAUGAAAAUGAACGGCGCUGCGAUUUUGCAACUCAACUCCUUCGCAACAGAUCUGUCCAACUUUAGUAGCCGCUCCGAGGCACAUGAUCUACACUACUGGCAGUCUUUCGUGAACAAGUUUUAUGCGCCUGGUGGCGUCCUACGACAGGGCACAUAUAACCCACAGUCUGGCUCCAAACAGUUUGAAAUCGCCACACCCGCUCUCGCGCGCUAUUACUUGACCCAAUUUACUAGCGGGAUCCGCCAGAUUCAGAUGAUUGUUGACUCGGCACGGGACAGGGACUCACCAAACGGGGGCCAUAUUGUGGACAGCGGCAAGACUUCCUUUAUCUAUUGGUUCACGAAUGACACUCAGCUUUUCACGACUGGAAGUUUGACAGCCCAUUUUGAUGUUAACAACAAGAUUGAAAUGCUGGAUGUUGUGGUUAACAGUCAUACCGAAUACCUCCCUCGGAGCCAGUUGCAGGCGUUGGAGUUGGCCGAUCAGCAGAAGCAGAGUCCCAAGGUCUCUAAGAACAUGGGCAAACGAGCCCAGGCCAAGCAAGCGCAACAGCCGGCGUUCACAUUGCCCGAGUCCAUGGUUACUCAAAGCGGGGUUCCCACCGCCGUAAUGAGCUUUCUAGAAGUGGCAGAGACUAUUUCACAAAUGCAACUCUUGUUCAAUUUCUCUCACCAGUACCCCCACCUGACCCCCUCCGAGGCUCUGCGAGGGCUUGUGGCCGGGCUGCAGAACCACCAGCAGGCUUCUAAUACCGCUUAUAUGCAAGCGCCCAUGAAUCAAGCCAUGCAGCAGCAGAUGCAGCAGCAGAUGCAGCAGCAGCAGCAGGGCCAGCCCCGAGCUCCUAGCAUGAACGCGCCCAACCAAUUUGCAUCUCCCGCGAUGGCGCAUCUGGGCCUUCCGGGCUCCCAAGGCUCGCCUCACCUGUCCGCCCACCCCAGUCCAGCCCAGAGCCAUCUGGCGGGGCCGCCGGGCAUGGUCCCUCAGGGUCAGAUGCAAGGCAGCAUGCCGCGGGGCACCAGUGCGAGCGCCAGCCCCAACGUCGGCAACAAACGUCGCCGUGCCAGCACCGUGAAGAUGGAGAAUGACGACACUGGCGGCCCCGAGGUCAACGGGAACGUUGGUCCCGCCCCCAAGGUGAAGGCCAGCCCUCGUGUUGGGGGCAAGAAACAGAAGGGUGGCGGUUAA